CAAAGGGGGGGGGGCACGUAGGAGGAUGGCAACAAACCCGGCAACAUGCGCAGGUGCAUCUUCGCUAAUUCGUUAGGAAUUCAGCAAAACAAAAUGGUCUUUUAACACUUCGAGAACCCCCGAAAGCUUGAAUCCGUCCUCGUUACACGCCAGGUCCCUCCCUUCUAACGACUGCAUGAUAAUUAGGAUUUUCCAAUUGCUUACAUUCCAAUGAGUUGUUAAUGAGAGGGAGGAACAAUAGGAGCGUCUUCUACAGAAGCGAUCCGCCGGUAUUCGGAGGCAGCUGCUGCAUCUCCAUCCGUGGAACCUGCGCCGCCGACAGGGUAACCCUUCGCUUCUUCUUUGAGCAUCUCAAGCAUUGUUCGAAAGACUUGAAAUGAGACCCAUCAGCUCUUUUACCAGUUGAGAUAUAGAAAGUCUUCACAGGUUACAAGACCUCAACAUCCGAUACACCGUCAUGGGCACUGUACUCUCUUUGUCCCCUGGCUACAGUAAGGGCAGUCUGUUCGAGGGAGGCUCAUCAAGCGUUGCCCACUACAUAGCCAUCCAGAACAGCAAAAAUGGGAAACCCCUGAAGAGACAUUCAUUUAUUUCAGUCUUACCUUGGAAGAGGCUUGUGGCUGCUUCGUCCAAAAAGAAGCAGCCGAAGAAGACUUCGCCCAGCAGCAGUUACCAGAAAUAUUUUCCUCACUUUAAAGAUGAAAACCUUAAAAAGUCUCUCCCCUGCUCUAAUCUCUCAAGUUAUUCUCAAGAUACAAAGGACUUGAAUAACAAGGACGACAGAUGUUCCCAGACCAAGGAGAACCAACAGCAGCAGAUCCAUUCGUCCCCAAAAAGGGUGGUGGUGCAGGCAUCCACCAGCGAGCUUCUGAGAUGUUUGGGAGAGUUCCUCUGCCGUAGGUGCUAUAAGCUAAAGCACCUUUCUCCCACAGACCCUGUUUUGUGGCUUAGGAGCGUGGAUAGAGCACUGCUCCUUCAAGGGUGGCAGGAGCAAGGGUUCAUAACCCCAGCUAAUGUGGUUUUUCUAUAUAUGCUAUGUCGAGACGUAAUCUCCUCGGAACUCUCCAGCGAGCAUGAAUUACGGUCAGGGUUGUUGACCUGUGUAUAUCUAUCCUACUCCUACAUGGGCAACGAGAUCUCGUAUCCCUUGAAGCCAUUCCUGGUGGAGAGCUCCACAGAGGCAUUCUGGGACAGAUGCCUUUCUAUUAUCGAUUCCAUGAGCUCCAAGAUGUUGAGAAUCAAUGCCGACCCACAGUAUUUCACCCAGAUCUUUGCUGAUCUCAAAUUUGAAGGGGAGCAGGAAGAAGAAAACCUGCUAUUGAUUAGAUUGGACCGAUAAAUUACCGGCGGACGGAGAACAUCGAUCUCCUGAAAUGCUACGGUAUUUUUGUAGACUACAAGGAACGGUUUUACAAAA